AGCACCGGACAGGGCUGCGUCCCUGCAGGAACAGCCGAUCCGAGUUCACACGCAUCACAUCAGCUACAGACCAGCACAACACCAGCACAACACCCGCACAACACCCGCACAACACCGCUUUCAUUUCCCCCUUUCUGACUGGAAAGAGCGGUGUGGAGCAUCAUGGGCAACGUGCAGCCCACCAUAGUCCCAUAUGAGGACUUUGAUGUCACAGCUGACAUCAAGGCUAUCAGGAAAGCAUGUAAAGGGUUAGGCACAGAUGAAGAGGCCAUUAUUCAAAUCCUGGCCAAUCGUUCUGCAGCUCAGCGUGUGGAGAUCAAACAGGCCUACUUUGAAAAGUAUGACGAUGAGUUGGAGGAGGUGUUGAAGAAGGAGCUGACAGGUAGUUUUGAGAAUGCCACCUUGGCAAUGCUGGAGCCUCCUCGCGUUUACUUUGCCAAGGAGCUGAGGAAGGCCAUGAAGGGGGCGGGCACAGAUGAAGCCGUGCUGGUAGAGAUCCUGUGCACAGCCACCAAUGAGGACAUCUUGGGCUACAAGGAGGCUUAUGCCCUGGUGCAUGAGCGUGACUUAGAGGCAGACAUUGAGGAUGACACCAGUGGAGAUGUGAGGAACCUGCUGAUGUCACUGCUGCAGGCGAGCAGAGACGAGGGCUAUGAAGUGGAUGAGGAUUUAGCCGAACAGGAUGCCACAUCUUUGUUUGAGGCAGGAGAAGGCAGAUUUGGCACAGAUGAGUCGACCUUCACCUUCAUCCUGACACACAGGAACUACCUGCAGCUUCAAGCCACCUUUAAGGCCUAUGAGUCGCUUUCAGGAACAAACAUUUUGGACACCAUCGACUCUGAGGCAACAGGAACUCUCAAGGACUGCUACAUUACUCUGGUCAGGUGUGCUAAGAACCCGCAGCUGUAUUUUGCCCGACGCCUCAAUGCCGCCAUGAAGGGAGUGGGCACUGAUGAAGACACCCUCAUUCGCAUCAUUGUAGGCCGCUCUGAGAUCGACCUGGAGACAGUGAAGGACAUGUACCUGGAGAAAUACGAUGUUACCCUGAAAGACGCUCUGGAUUCAGAGUGUGGUGGAGACUUCAAACGCCUCCUCAUUGAGAUCCUGCACUAAAACAUGUCACCUUCUUCCUGCAGGCCUUAUUUAACCAACAUGACACAGUCUCUCUUCUGUACCCACUCAUUUCUUCCUCCUCCUCUUCUUCAUCCUCCUUUCGCUUCGUGAACGUCUUUCUAUCCAUCAUCCUUCUCACAUCUUAGAGACAGUCAGUUCUCUUUGCAGCAUGGACCAAAAACCAACUCAUUAUUAUAUUAUACAGUGUUUUACACACGGUAAACUUACAUUUAUAGUCUUUAAAUACACAGUUUUGCCAAGAACAUUACACUCAGUGGGAAUUCUCUUAUUGUUUUAGUUUAAUAUACAAUAGAGGUGCAUUGAAUAUUUGAUAUCCCUUUGAUAAUAUUAUUGCAGCAUUGUGGAACUUACAUGGAACUUGUGCAGCUGAGCAUCAUGCUAAUAUAUUUACCCAAAUAGAUAGUGUUAGUCCAGUUCUUUAUUCGCAAUCAGCUGCUUUACAGUCAUUUUUUUAAAUUUCAGCUGUAGUUCACCAUUUCAACCUGAUCCCAAAGCUGUAAACAUUAAGAGGCUGCUGCUGCUCAACAUAAACUAUGUUCUGUAGCCUCGUGUAUUUGUCACUUUAUUCAUUUUUCUCAUCGUCAUCCAUUGACUUCACUACUAUUUGCCUCAAAGAUGCCUUUCCUAAGAUGAUAGCGAUGUAAUUUCCUUUUUGCUGCAAACACUCAACACAUAAGUGCCGAAUUAUCACGUUUGAUUAAUUUUACAUGUCUAUAUUAUUACCCUGAUAUCAAAAGCCUAAACUCUUUAAGUACACACUAUUGGGUUUUUGUAGUCACAUCCCUAAAUGCUAUGUGGGAUUUUUAACUCAGACGGUUUGUAGUCUUAUUUUUAAUCACAGCUCACAUUUACACAGUUUAUUAGACAGUUGACUUUUUCCUGUUGUCACGCAGUCAUUAAAUUUACUACUUUGAGAUCUUUGUGCAUUUAAGAUCAUUAGAUGAUGAUAAUAAUUUUGAAAAAGACACUCAUUUUGCUCUGUAACCCCUGAAGUACAAUCACUGAUAAUGGACUCACUGUCUGCAUCCAUGUAUGGAAUUGUAUCUUAACUCAUUUUAUUUAAAACCAAGAUUACAGUGAUAUAAAUUACUACUGUUGUAUUGUUAUAUAACAAAUUAAUACACUAAUUCAUAUGAAAGAUGUAAUUGUUAACCUGUUGUAAUGGCAUAAAAAAAUUGUGGCAUACAUAUGCAGUGAUAAUAAAUUUUAACUCCACCAAAAAA